UUGAUAAAUCCAGAUAUAUCACCCAAGGAGCGGCAGACGGCAGCUGGCAAGAUGCUCAAGUGGGCUGUCAACCAGCCGCGAAACUCGUAUUUGGCCAAAGAGCUGGUUCUGGGAAUGGGAACGGCAUCGGGAUCGGAGACAGGAUCGCUGGAGCCAAGGCCGGAUCAUGUGGUGGGCUCCAGCUACAGCGAGUUCCACGCCCUGCGCGGCAAGCUCAAGAGGAAGUCGCUCUCGCUGGUCCUGGGCCAGGGCAAGGAGAACCAGCUGACCUCCACGCCACUACCGACCAGCUCCCUGAUCCUCAACACACGCACGCCCCCACUGAAGGACCUCAGCAACAUCCUGGCCACACCGCCAUCGGGAGGAGGAGGAGGAGCCAUUGGAGCUGUGCCCUCGGCUGCUGCAGCUCCCCCCAAGUUCGCCUGCACCCUGCCCACCUUCGAGGCGGAGUACUCGCCCAAUGCCACCGUCAUCCCGGGCUCCCUGAUCGCCCUGCGCGGCGUGGGCAUCCCGGACAGCUACUUCGAGAAGCCACGUUACCUGGAGCAGAAGGAUCUGCCCCAUCCCGCUCCCCCCGCCGCUGGACAGACCACACUCAGCUCUAGCCAGAUGGGCGAUGUCACCCUGGAGCGCAUGAUCGAUGCCAUCCUGGAGAGCAACCGCAAGGUGCUGCCCAAUGCCCGGCAGCCGCAUCUCCGCAAGCCCAGGCAGCAUCUCCGCCAGCGGCACAGGCAGCAGGUGCUCCGGAGCAGCCACAGCCACGCCCAGGUCCCCUCGCCCACCUACCGCCCCGCCUUCGAUCCGGCCAGCGAUCUGUGCGAGUACUGGAAGUCGCCCUCGCGGAGGGACUCCCUUCCAGCCGAUGGCUUCGAGGAGCGGGAGGUGUGCUCCCCCGUGCCAGUUGUCAAUCCCGUCCAGUCGCAGGGCAAGAGGCACUCCCUGCAGCUGCGCAGGCAGCGGGUGGUGCGCCGCAAGCGCAAGAUCACCACCAAGAUCUCCUCCAGCGUCAGGCAGUCGGCGCAAAAGCUGCUGGCUGCAGCCAGGUCCGGAUCCGCAGUGCCCAGCCACCGAAGCGCCCAGAAGAGGCGCUACAUCAGCCCCGAUAGUGGCCACAACUCCACCAGCGACUUCGAGGAGGAGCUGGUGGCCAUGGGAUCCUUCGGCGGACGGGCGGAGGCGGUCACCAAGAGGCGACUCAGCUUCUCCUACGCCGAGGAUCUCUUCGUGGACAAGUGACCCAACUGGAGGCUCCUCCGCAUGUUACUUUUUGACUUUUUGUUUGGUUACAACUAAAUCAUUUUUUUUUGUGUGGCUAAAAGCGCAGAAUUGCCUUGGAAUUCGUAUGUUAAAACAGAUCCUAUA